AUGCAGAUUCCAGACAUCGACCAGGCUCACUGCCUUGCUUUCCUGUCCAGGCUCAUUCAAAUCAAGAGCUACUCGCAGACCAAUGGUGAGCUAGAGGCAACAAAUUUCAUGGCCGAGCAAAUGAGAAAGAUUGGACUGGAGUCGGAUAUUUUCCCAUUCGACAAUGGCCGCCGUCAAAAUGCGGUAGGGAUCUGGAAGGGCCACCAUUCAGUUUCAGGAGCGAGCAACAACGUCCCAAAAACGCUACUCUUCAACGGACAUCUAGACACAAAUCCUGUCUCCGAAGGUUGGACGAUCGAUCCUUGGGAGGGAAAGAUUGAUAACGAGUUCAUCUACGGCAUUGGAGUCAGUAACAUGAAAUCUGGCUGUGCCGCGUACUUUUGCGCCGUUGAAGCGCUGCUCAAGGCCGGCUGGCGGCCUAGAGGCGAUGUUGUCCUGACCUAUGUGGUUGGUGAGCUUCAGGGAGGCGUCGGUACAAUGGCCCUCAUUGAUCAAGGAAAGAUGAAUGCCGAUUAUUUUGUCAACUGUGAACCGUCUGAUAUACAGGCAGUCACAAUGCACGCGGAAGCUCUGGUCUUCGAGAUUGAGAUUGUUGGAGUCACUAGACACAUGUCAGCCAAGGAGGAAGCAUCCGAUGCGAUUCAAGCGGCAUGCGAGCUGAUUCCCCAAAUGGCAAAUAUGAAAUUCCAUGGAGCCAAAAGCAGUGAGCAUGAAAAGUGCAACAGAUGCUCAGUCGGGGUGGUUCAUGGCGCCCUUGGGAAAGACUUGGUUGAAUGGAGACCUGCUCAAGUGGCGGACGUAUGCAAGCUUGCUGGAAGUGCGCGCUACGCACCUGGCCAGACACAAGAAGGUGUCAUGGCUGAUAUUCGCGAACUGGUAGACACGGUGAUUGGAAACUUUGCUGGCAUGUCGGCUACUGUCAAGCAGCGAUUUGAGCCUACCAUGCCGGCAUUUGAGGUGCCAAGAGAGUCGCAAAUAGUGAGAGCCCUGAACAAGGCAUAUCACCAGCUCAUGGAGAUCAAGGUAUCACAGGAUGAAGCUGAGAAGCUCAUGCUUGAUUGGCCUGACACUACGAAACUCCGCCAUUGGUCAAAACUGUACAGCGCAGAACCCCACCUAGCCGGGGACCUAGCCCACGCAGAACGCAUCCGAGAUCUAUGGAUUUCGUACGGAAUCCCGACCGCAUUGGAAGAAUAUGAGGUCCUGCAAAACUUUCCAGAGUCUCAAGCUCUUCGUCUCCUUGCAACGAAUGGGCAGAUAGAUUUUGAGGCUUCCCUGACGGAGGAGGAGGUGCCAGAGGAUCCAACGUCGUCACCUCGAAACGGUUUACCCGCUUUUCAUGGCUUCAGCGCAAACGGCGACAUCUGCGCCGAAUUGGUAUAUGCGAACUUUGGCGAGUUGAAAGACUUUGAGCUGCUAAAGGCGCAUGGUAUUUCCGUGAAGGGGAAAGUCGUCAUAUGCAAGUAUGCCAAGGUCUUUAGAGGCCUCAAAGUCAGAGCAGCCGAACAGUACGGGGCAGCCGCUGUCAUUCUGUAUAACGAUCCUCAAGAGGACGGGGAAUACACCGUUGAGAAUGGCUAUGAGCACUACCCUCAUGGUCCAGCAAGGCAUCCCAAAACCAUUCAACGAGGCAGCGUGGACUUCUUCUCCGUGGCUGUGGGUGACCCAACGACACCCGGGUACCCCAGUUUGCCAGACACCGACCUUGAACGACAGGAUCCUGGCCAUGCAACUCCAAGGAUACCAUCACUACCGAUAUCUCAUGCAGAUGCUAUUCCUUUCCUUCAGGCUUUGAACGGUCAUGGACUUGGACCUAGUCAGAUAGCCGGUGAGCGCAGCGACUGGAAAGGAUGUCUUCAGGCGGUAGACUAUUAUACUGGCCCUAGCCAAGCCAAAGUCUUUCUGUCAAACCGAGGCACUUAUAAAUACGCUCCGAUCUACAAUGUUAUCGGAACCAUACGUGGGACCACUGAAGAGAGCAUCGUUCUUGGCAAUCACCAUGAUUCUUGGUGCUGUGGAGCUAUUGACCCUGUAAGUGGAACGGCGGCCAUGAAUGAGGUUGCUAGGGCCCUCGGCGAGCUUUACUCAAAAGGCUGGAAACCAUACAGGAAAAUUGUACUAGCAAACUGGGACAACGAAGAAUACGGCCUGGUCGGCUCUACCGAAUGGGGCGAACAUCAGCAGGAUGAUUUAAGCAAGAACUGUGUUGCCUACCUCAAUGUUGACGAGUCGACCAAUGGUGGCACGAUCCUUGGCGCUACUGGGAGCCCUCUUCUUGCGAGCGUGCUUCGUGAUGUGACUCGCAUGAUCCAAUCGCCAACCAACGAGAAUCGAACAGUCUAUGACGACUGGCUAAGUGACCAGAAGCGAGCCAAUCCAGAGCAGAUGGUCCCUACUCUCGACCUCAUGGGUACGGGAAGUGAUUACACGGUCUUCUUUGAUCAUCUCGGCAUUCCGUCCGUUGACCUGCUCUUCAAUCGGCAGGGAAAGGGUGUAUAUCCUUACCACUCCAACUAUGACAGUUACUACUGGGUCGAAAACUUUGGCGAUGUCGGCUUCAAGAAGCACCUUGCCAUGGCUCAACUCUGGGGGUUAUUGACGGUUCGACUCGCUGGUUUGGGCAACAUUGCGUUCGAGGCAGCAGAGUACCCGAGGGUCCUCGCUCAUCACUUGGAGAAGCUGCGGGCCAAGUAUGAUAACGUCCUCAGCUUUCAUGCUCUCAGCAAGGCCGUUGAGCAAUUUCAAGACGCCGCGUCUCGGUUAGACGCGAUAUCGCCACUCCGAGUCGCUCCAGGAAGCAUGCAAGUUGACAAUCAAGUCAACAAGACCUACCUCUAUCUCGAGCGGCAGUUUCUUUUGCCAGAGGGGGCUGGGUUGCCUGGCCGGGAGUGGUAUCGGCAUGUUGUGAGUUUCAAAUUUGAGGUCCCGGCCGUUCGUGUUCUAAUACUUUGGCAGAUCUUUGCACCAGGACUGUGGUACGGUUAUGACGGAGUCAUCUUUCCCGGGGUCGUGGAAUGCUUGGAAGAUGGUAACGUCGAAGGUGCUGCUGAGUGGCUUGAAAAGAUAGUCGCUGCCAUCAAAAGAGCCACGUACAGCUUGCUGUAA